GGGAAUACGUGAAUCAAAAGUGAAAUAGAGAAGGCAACAAAGAUCAGAGAGGUCGUGAACAGAAAAAACGGGAGAAACCCAAUACGACAAAGAAAGCCAAGGAGCUGAAGAAGAAACUGCAAUUCUUCGUUUAUCAUUCAUCGGAGUUUCGUGACAGCGAGAGGUGCUCCUUUCGGGGGUUUAAAGAUUCGCAUUUUGUUGAUUCUGGAUUCAGAAACAAGAACAUGAGUUUGAGAAAUUGAAAUCGAGACCACGGUAUUUUAGGGAUCUUAUGAUCUUGAAGCGUGCAUAAAAUUUCUGGAUUUUUCAAGCUGAGAGUGACCCAGUGUGACUUGGUCGAAGGCAUCUAAUUUCAAAGCUGAAGCUUUUGCUGAUUUUGGUGGCUCAAAAAUCCGCUUUAGGGAUCGAGGGAUAAGACUUAAUGCGAUUAAGCAGAUGGGUGUUUCGCCAUGACUCUCCUUUCUGUUGGAGAUUCAAUAAAUGGACUCACCAGAUAACAAAGUUCCUGGCUUUGUUGAUAUAGUCAAAUCAUGGAUCCCUAGGAAGAGCGAGUCCUCACAUAUGUCGAGGGAUUUUUGGAUGCCUGACCAGAGCUGUCCUGUGUGUUACGAGUGUGAUGCUCAGUUCACUGUCUUUAACCGAAGACAUCAUUGCCGGCUUUGUGGCCGAGUAUUUUGUGCGAAAUGCGCUGCGAAUUCUAUUCCAUCUCCAUCAGAUGAAACCAAGGAUAGUCAUGAGGAAUCAGAAAGGAUCAGGGUUUGUAAUUACUGCUACAAACAAUGGGAACAAGGGAUUGUUCCUCCUGAUAAUGGGGCUUCUAUUAUUAGCCCUCAUUUUAGUUCAUCUCCUUCUGCUAGAAGCGUGGCAAGUACUACCUCCAUUCGGACCUCUAACAGUAGCAAUUGCACCGUUGAUUCAACUGCUGGGCCUUCCCCUAGACCCAAAAUGAAUCCUCGAGCUAGCCAUCAUGUCUCUUCAAACAUGGAUUUUGACAAGUCUGAACAGCACAGUGCAUCAUCGCAUAGAAGCUCAGAUCCCUAUGGGCGUGUGUUAGAUUCUUCUCAGAAUCCAGUUGAAUUCUUUGUCAACAGUGGCAGGAGUGAUGGUGAAGCUGAUGAUGAGGACGAUUAUCACUCUGAUUAUGCACAGUCUUACUCGCAAGGAAAUGACUACUAUGGUGCCAUCAGUCUCGAUGAAGUUGAUCGUAUCUAUGGGUCACAUGAAGCUCAUGAUGUUGGAGUAAACAUGGAGUCAAACAUCGAAAGUUGUUUGCCCCUUGAUCAAGAUCUUGACGCACUGAAUACAGAGACGAUAGAUAAAACAAGACGGCAGGCAGAUGGAUGGAGUGAUGGGAAGGAGGGAAGCCCUCCUUGUGAAGAGUCGUUUGAGCCUGAAGUAGUGGAUUUUGAGAGCGAUGGGCUCUUAUGGCUACCUCCAGAGCCAGAGAAUGAAGAAGACGAAAGAGAAGCAGUGUUAUCUGAUGACGACUGUGAUGAAGGUGAUAGAGGUGAUUGGGGGUACCUGCGCCCAUCAAAUAGCUUUAAAGAUAAGGAAUUCCACUCGAGGGACAAGUCUAGUGGUGCUAUGAAAAAUGUUGUUGAAGGGCACUUUAGGGCUUUAGUAGCACAACUUUUGGAGGUCGAUAAUCUACCCAUGGUCAACGAAGGCGAUAAUGAGGGCUGGCUUGAUAUAAUUACAUCAUUGUCCUGGGAGGCUGCAACACUUCUUAAGCCAGAUACUAGCAAAAGUGGAGGAAUGGAUCCAGGAGGAUAUGUGAAGGUUAAAUGCAUCCCUUGUGGACGUCGCAGUGAGAGUCUGGUCGUGAGAGGAGUUGUUUGUAAGAAAAAUGUGGCUCAUCGACGAAUGACUUCAAAGAUUGAGAAGCCGCGUUUGCUAAUUCUUGGAGGAGCUCUGGAGUAUCAACGCAUCUCUAACCAGUUGUCAAGCUUUGACACUUUGUUGCAACAGGAAAUGGAUCAUUUGAAGAUGGCUGUUGCCAAAAUUGACUCUCACAAUCCCGACAUUCUCUUGGUGGAGAAGUCUGUCUCGCGGUUUGCGCAGGAAUAUCUUCUUGCAAAGGACAUAUCUCUCGUUUUGAAUAUAAAGAGGCCCCUUCUAGAGCGCAUAUCCCGCUGCACUGGUGCGCAGAUUGUCCCUUCGAUUGACCAGCUCACAUCACCAAAGUUGGGAUAUUGUGACCUGUUCCAUGUGGAAAAAUUUGUCGAGAAACAUGUUAAUCCUGGUCAAAGUGUGAAGAAAUUGGCAAAGACUUUAAUGUACUUUGAUGGUUGCCCCAAGCCUUUGGGCUGUACAAUAUUGCUCAAGGGGGCACAUGAAGAUGAACUAAAAAGGGUGAAACAUGUGAUCCAGUAUGGAGUUUUUGCUGCAUAUCACUUGGCUCUUGAGACAUCUUUCCUAGCUGAUGAAGGUGCUUCCCUUCCAGAACUUCCUCUGCAGACCCCAAUUACAGUGGCUUUACCUGAUAAACCAUCAACGAUUAACAGAUCAAUAUCCACAAUACCUGGUUUUACUGCAUCAAGUGCUGAAAAGUCUCCAACUACUGAAUUAAUGGGUGAGCCACAUAAAGUCAAUUGCGACGUUACUGGUAAUUUUGCUUCUAGUAAGACUCAUUUGCAAGGAAAAUUGGAUGGAAACGACAGGACUGACCCUUCUGAAAGACUGCUUCACAACACGGAUACUGUUUACUGUAAGCCUCCAGAAAUUAUUACCUCUAAGGACGAUGGGUUAGUUCAUACUUUAGAACCCAGGCAGCUAUCAUUUCACACGGAAGAAGCUUCUGUUCAAAAAGAUCAGUGGUCUGUUUUACCCUGUGCCACAGAACAAGUCAGUGAUAGUGCUUACACUAAUGAAUCUACAAUAAAAGGAGAUCAAAAUUGUAGUAGACACGAACAGAUGGACUCUUCAAAAGGAGACUUUCUUCCGUCAGCUUCUGACCAUCAAAGCAUAUUGGUUUCCUUAUCAACAAGAUGUGUAUGGAAGGGAUCUGUGUGUGAGCGGGCUCAUCUACUUCGUAUUAAAUAUUAUGGGAGCUUUGACAAACCUUUAGGACGAUUCUUAAGGGAUAAUCUCUUUGAUCAGGAUCGUUCUUGCCCGUCAUGUGCGAUGCCAGCAGAAGCACACAUUCAUAGUUAUACUCAUAGGCAAGGUAGUCUGACAAUAUCUGUUAAAAAACUGCCUGAAUUGCUACCUGGGCAACGCGAGGGAAAAAUUUGGAUGUGGCAUCGGUGCCUGAAAUGUCCUCGGACCAACGGCUUUCCUCCAGCCACACGCAGAAUUGUUAUGUCAGAUGCUGCGUGGGGCCUGUCUUUUGGCAAAUUUUUGGAGCUGAGCUUCUCUAACCAUGCUGCAGCUAGUCGUGUGGCCAACUGUGGUCAUUCACUUCACAGAGACUGUCUACGUUUCUAUGGUUUUGGGAGAAUGGUGGCUUGCUUCCGCUAUGCUUCAAUCAAUAUAUUUGCAGUUUUUCUGCCACCAGCAAAACUUGAGUUUAACUAUGAAAACCAGGAAUGGCUCCAAAAGGAAUCAAAAGAGGUGAUUAUAAAAGCGGACGUCCUUUUUAAUGAGGUUCAGGAGGCACUUAGUCAGAUUUCUGCGAAAACAGUGGAUGCAAAUUCCAAGGACAGCACUCCCAACAAGAUAAAGCUCUCUCUUGAAGAACUUGCAGGACUUCUGGAGCAACGUAAAAAGGAAUAUAAGGAAUCAUUGCAGCAAAUGCUAAGUAUGUUUAAGGAUGGACAACCUGCUAUUGAUAUCCUUCUGAUAAAUAAACUUCGAAGACUGAUACUUUUCGAUUCAUAUGCUUGGGAUGAAUGCCUAGCAGGGGCUGCCAGCAUGGUAAGAAAUAAUUAUUCUGAAGCUCUGAGAAAUUCUGCCCCAAAAUUUAUGGGUCAGAAGCUCGGUGAUGAAAAAGUAAGCUCGAGAUCAACCCAUGUUGCAAGUAGUAAUGACUCCCUUCCCCAGGAUGCGGAGUCUGAUAAGUCUCUUAACCAGGGUAAAUUACUUGCUGAUGUCAACGGAAAAGGUGCUAUUCCUGAAGAGGUAGGCUCAGACAUGCCUCCGGAUUAUAGGAUGGAGUUAGAAUCUAGUGAAGGUGGUAAAGAAAAUUUUGUGGAGCCUUCGCAGGUUGUUAGAACAGUACUUACUGAGAGUCAGUCCCAAGCAGCAGACUUAUCUGAUACUCUUGAUGCAGCAUGGAUAGGUGAACAAACUGCUUCCGAGAAUGGUAUUUCUCGUCCGGCUAGCAGAGCUGCUUCAGCAAAUGGAACUCAGACUUCUGAUUUAUGGCUGUCGGAUUCAGAAAGUGGGCUGACCUUUAAAGGAGGCGCAACCAAUGAGGAACAUACAAUACAAAUACAGAUGCCUUCUCCUAGUUUUUACUAUUCACUCAACAAGAAUUAUUCGCUUAACUCUCGCAAGCAUAUUAUGGCUGAAGACCGGCCUUAUUAUGUUUCUUCAUAUAGAGAGCUUGAAUGGCGAAGUGGUGCAAGGCUGCUGCUUCCUCUGGGAAUUAAUGAGUUGGUACUGCCAGUAUAUGAUGACGAACCUACCAGUAUUAUAGCGUAUGCCCUUACAUCAUCAGAAUAUAACGCCCAGAUGUCUGGAUCAGAUAAGGCAAGAGACCGCUUGGAUAGUGGAGGUUCCUUUUCACUUUUUGAUUCUGUAAAUCUUCUCUCAUUGAACUCUUUGAGCGACUUGUCAGUUGACAUGAGUAGAAGCCUUAGCUCUGCUGAUGAACAAGUGUCGCAGCUGCUGCAUUCAUAUUUGUAUUUGAAAGAUCUGCAUGCUAGAGUUUCGUUUACAGAUGAAGGUCCUCCUGGGAAAGUGAAGUACUCUGUGACGUGUUAUUAUGCGAAGGAAUUUGAAGCCCUGAGGAAGAUUUGCUGUCCUUCAGAAACUGAUUUCAUAAGAUCCCUUGGUCGAUGUAGAAAAUGGGGAGCACAGGGUGGAAAAAGCAACGUCUUCUUUGCAAAAACUUUGGAUGACCGUUUUAUCAUCAAACAAGUUACAAAGACAGAGCUUGAAUCCUUCAUCAAAUUUGGGCCAGCUUACUUCAAAUACCUGACUGAUUCCAUCUGUAGUAAAAGCCCUACAAGCCUUGCAAAGAUCUUAGGCAUCUAUCAGGUCUCAUCCAAACACCUUAAAGGAGGAAAAGAGUUCAAAAUGGAUGUCUUGGUUAUGGAGAAUCUUCUGUUCAAGCGUAACUUCGCUAGGCUUUAUGACCUUAAAGGCUCAACUCGUGCCCGUUACAAUCCCGAUACAAGUGGUAGCAAUACAGUUUUGCUGGACCAGAAUCUAGUUGAAGCAAUGCCGACAUCUCCAAUAUUUGUUGGGAGCAAGGCAAAACGGCUUCUUGAAAGAGCAGUCUGGAAUGAUACAUCCUUUCUUGCUUCGAUUCACGUAAUGGAUUACUCCUUACUAGUCGGAGUAGAUGAGGAACGAAACGAACUAGUUCUAGGAACUAUCGAUUUCAUGAGGCAGUACACUUGGGACAAACAUCUGGAAACUUGGGUGAAGACUUCAGGUCUACUUGGAGGACCCAAGAACUCAUCUCCCACAGUGAUAUCGCCGCAGCAAUACAAGAAACGUUUCAGGAAAGCGAUGACGGCUUAUUUUCUGAUGGUUCCUGAUCAAUGGUCGCCUGCCACAGUUGUGCCAGGCAACAGUUCUUCAGCAGAUGUGAAGGAGGAAGAAGAGAGAAACAAUCUUCAAGGUAUUGGUAACAACUCCUGAAUCAUUCUGCAAGACAUACACAAUAUUCAGUUAGCAAAUAUAUAUUCUAGCAAUGGCUUCUUCUAGGCUUUAGUUUUUUGUUAUUUGAAAAUGGUCUUUGGGUAAUGCCUGUUUAUGUUUUACCCUUAGCCUUAAGUGGCCUAUGGCUCUUCCAUCGCCUUUGCAUCAGAAGUAAUAAAGCAAGAUGCAAUUGUACAUACAAUGCUUCUCUAUCUUUUAGUUAUUCGUUA